AUGCCGCCCCGGUGUCCCGGCCCAUCCCAUCUGCCCCUGGCACCCUUCCUCUACCCUGCUCUCUUCCGGCCCCGAUAUACCAGCUCGUCUCUCCUCCGAACGGCAUUGAGCCGCCAAUCACGCCACUCCUCUUCAUCAUCAUCAGCUUCAUCGGCUUCUUCACCCUCCAGCCUCAACGACCUCCCUGAAUCACGGCUGAAUCCCGCUCCGGAUGACUUCGCAGCCCCAAGCUUCGCCGACAAGGCCGAGCUAACGCUCUACGCCGGCCGCGGCGGCAACGGCUGCAUCUCCUUCCACCGAGAGGCUUACUACCCCGAUGGGCCUCCCAACGGCGGCGACGGCGGUCUUGGAGGCAACGUCUACAUCCAGGCGGCCCACGGCGAGACGUCGCUGCACAAACUCGCCCGCAGACGCUUCAUCCGCGCCGGACGCGGAAUUCACGGCCAGGGAAGCGGCAAGAGUGGCAUGCGCGGAUCAGACGUCGUCAUCACCGUCCCGGUGGGCACCAUUGUGCAGGAAAUUGAGCGCCACGAUCCGGCUGCCGAUGAGGACAUGGCCAUAAGAGCGUUUCAGGCGCAGAAGAAACAGAGGCGGCGUGAGCUUUUGGCGCAGCAACAGCUACAGGUAGAAGUGGAAGAGGAGGAGGAGCCUCAAGAGACCGACCGGCACUCAAGGUGGAAGAACCCAGAGGACGACUACGACCCAGAUGCCGACGAUCCAGAGCGUGGCAAGUGGCUGCUCUAUCCUGGCAUGUCCAAAUCCGAUGUCAAAUCAGCAGAGUUUCCCAAACUCCCCAAACGAACUCGCCUCUUCCAGCAGCCUCCCCCGCCAAUCUAUCUCGAUCUCUCCAAACCAACACCAACGCCCAUCCUCCUGGCCACAGGUGGCAUUGGCGGCCUUGGAAACCCGCACUUUACUUCACGGCAACACCCAAAGCCAAUGUUCGCCACCAAGGGUGAUGAGGCCGUAACUCUCAAAAUCUCACUGGAACUCAAGCUCCUGGCCGACGUUGGUCUCGUGGGCCUGCCCAAUGCCGGGAAAAGCACCCUCCUACGAGCUCUCACCAACAGCCGUACACGGGUCGGCAACUGGGCAUUCACUACCUUGCAGCCAAACAUUGGCACCGUCGUCUUGGACAAAUAUACCGGUCGCCCCAGCGUCAAAACAUCUCAGCUCACCACUGACGACGGCACCACCCUCGGAGGCCCAAGAACGCGCUUCACCGUCGCAGACAUUCCCGGCCUUGUCGAAGGAGCCCAUCUCGACCGCGGCCUCGGCAUUGCCUUUCUACGCCACGUCGAGCGCGCCGGCCUCCUCGCCUUCGUCAUCGACCUCAGCGCCGGCAACGCCGUCAAGGCCCUGCAGUCCCUCUGGCGCGAAGUCGGCCUCUACGCCGAAAUGCGCCAGGACGAAGAGCGCUCCCGCGAGAUCGAGUCCCGCGUCGACUGGGACCUCGUCUCCCAGGCCAGCCGCGGGCCGAUCAACCUGAUGGGCGCUUCGUACGGAACACCUCUGCCGCCGAUCCAGGAGGCGCAGAUGAGGAAGGCUACUACCCCGGUGUUGGAAAUUGCCGGCAAGCCGUGGUUUGUGGUCGCUACGAAGGCUGACCUGCCGGAGACGCGAGAGAAUUUCCAGGAGCUGAAGACGUAUCUUGAUAAUGUUACAGAGGGGCGGGAAUCGCAUCCGAGCGGUGUGGAGGGAGCAUGGACGAACAAGUGCGCUGCUAUCCCGGUCAGUGCGAUUAAGGGGAAGGGGGUUGAUCGCAUUGUUCACUGGACUGUUGGCCUUUUAGAUGAGUAGAAUUAUCAUUUUGAAGAAGCACGGCACAUUGUAAUAGUAGCAUUUGUACGAAUAGACAACGACUCUGUAAAACUAGAUAGUAAAAGAAACGUGUAAUCUGUAACUUGGAGCAAAAAGCACUUGUAUAUAUAAAUUGGUACCCAGUUUUACCAAAUUUGCCCAUACCGGAGCCCGAUGGUACAACUUUUUUUCCCUUUUAAAUCUUCAUCUCUUUUCUCAUCCUUGCUUCAGAGAUUAUACAAGAUAAGAAAAUUAUGAUGGUCCUCCACACUGAUUAUGCCUUAAUCGGUUCCCUCAGGCGUGGGAAUGUCCUCCACGUCAAUCUCCUCGUCUUCUUGCUCUCCAGCCUCCUGCUCCUGUUCCUCAGCCGCCUUCUCCUGCUUCUCCUUGCGUUGCAGGCUGAUAUUAAUCAAGGGCGACGUAUCGUUGAACACUCUGAGCAGCAUGGCGGAACGAUCCUCCUUGGGCAACAUCAGAUUCAGUGAGUGGAUGCUCUUCCACAGCGGGAGAGCCAUCCUCUCCUGCCACUCCUCGUCGUCGCCCUCCGGCUCGACUCUCAGCACGCAGCAUCCCAUGCCAAUGUCGCGCACGCGCUCGCCAAUCUCCUCAAAGUUCUGCCACUCUCCUUCGUUAAUCUUGGGGAACAUCUCGAUGAGGAGCUUGUGUAGCGUCUCCUUGUUGCGCAGGCGCACAACGCGAGGCUCGCCGACGUAGCCCUGCAGGAUGGGCAUGCCUUCGGCUUGGAUACGCCAGCGGCAGACCUCGGCCGAGGGAGCGUCCUGCUUCAUGAACAUGCGGACACCACCGUGGAUGAAUUUGAGGCCUCUGCCUUCAUUCUCUGUGAGGAUGUCUCGCGUAAGGGCGGUGGUGUAGUAGAUGGCCUUGGCAGGCUCUCCCAUCUCGUUCCUCACCAUGUAUCGGUUGGUGGGGAAGCGGCUGGACAAUCUAUAAAAUU